UCGUGCCGGUACCUUCGAUCGCGCGAUAUACACUCUCUCAGACAAUAUAUUGUUAAUAUUUUUAUUGCACAGAAAUCGUUAAUAUAAGAUUCCGCAAAUAUAUCGUUAAAUAACAAUAAUACGGAAUUUUUGCGCGCACCACCCAAAAUCCGUUCUCGCGGCCGGUCGAGUUUUCGCUCGCUUGCCAUACCGCUGACCGUAAUAUACCCAACGAAAUAUGUUGUCAUGUUAUACAUAAUAACAAUAUACUACAACCGCAAUAGAUCGUAAUCUAUUCACACGUGACAGUGACCGAACCACCGACGUCGGAAACGCGAAUCGAAAAUCGUGGUACACCAUAAUUCAUAAUACAUUUUCGCUAUCGUGCCCACGACGCGAUCGCCGCGACCGAUGUGAACUUUGCUGGCUAUGACUUUGGUCGUCGACUACCACGGUUGGUUCAGUGGUGGUGGCGGCGGUCUUGAUGCACCGGACAGGGUGCAAGUCCGCGUUCUCGCGAAUCGGCGACGCCGUCAGCGGUCCGUUGCUGUUUCUGUUGCUAUUGCUGGUGUCCUUGCUCCAGCUGUCGGUUGGGACGACGGCCACGGCGACCGAGUCGGGCACGACCGAUCGUUGGCGACCGCAAAGGUUUGGCGGCGGUGGAGUCAUCGACGACCGCGACGAACGGUUGCAGGACAACGAGAUUGUCGAAGACCAUCACGCGAAACCGUCAGCUCCUCUGUCACCCGUCGAACCCUUUUUCGACUAUGCAGCUUCCCUUUACAUGGAGAAGAUGGUCCGCCGCUGGGCUCCUCUUAUAUGGUUGGCACCGGACGAACAAUUCCUGCCUGGUUCCGUGACCGAUUUCUUGAAUCACGUGACGCCUAAGCCACGUAGCCUAUCCAUCGACGCUCAGCAACACUCUAAAGUGCCCAUGGGCCCGGAUUCGCAGUCGUGGUUUUUAGUCACCAAGUCCGAAGUCGAACAACUGUUGGAAAACACUACUUCCGUAUUAUACGGACAAAACCCGAACACAACCAACGUGCCCAUCUACGCGCACGUCACUCAAUGCGGUCUUAAAAAUUUUCACGUGUCGUAUUGGCUGUUUUUCCCGUUCAGUCAGGGCAAGCCGAUAUGUACACUGGACAUGGGCUUGCUCGGCCCGCUACCGUUGCCGGUCUUCAACAACAGGUGUUUCGGCACCCUCAAAGAGUACGGCAGCCAUGUCGGAGACUGGGAACACAUGAGUCUCAUGUUUAACGGUUACGACGAACCGGAAGAAAUGUACGUGUCUGUGCACGACGCUGGCGCCUUUUACCGGUUCGACCGGAAUCUGCGAAAGUUCGUUUUCAACCGACAAGAGGUGCGUAAAGGAUUUUUGCAAAAACCCAAAUUUCCCGAAGUGGUGCACUUGACAGACGAGGGCAAUCAUCCGGUGCUGUUCGCGGCCAAGGGAUCUCACGGCCUAUGGACCGCUCCAGGUAAACAUAAAUACGUGCGCAUACCGCGGUUGUACGACGACAGCGGCUACGGAUUUCCGUGGAAAACUUGGCUGAAAGUCGACGUGUUGAACUCGUCGAAAAAACUUCCCAUCUGGAUGCAGUAUUACGGAAAAUGGGGAAAUCAGCGCAGCAAAUGUCAUCCGCUUUCCAAAAUGGGCUUGCAGAUCUGUCAGUUCACCGACGGGCCGACGGGUAUACCGAUGAAGCGGCAUGAUUUCCGAUGUCAAAACGCGACCAACUAACCACGAUGGUAUACUGGUGCAGACAGGAAGAGAAAUUCGCUGGACGGCUGCGAUGAAUAUCAACCAUGACCUAGCCGGCUUUCGUGCGGCAGAACGUGUUUUGGGUCAAUGUGUAUCACUGUGCUGCAUUGUAUCGUUAUUGUUUUUUUUUCAUCGUCAUUAUUAUUAUUAUUGUUUAACUACACUAAACGUGAUGGGUCUCAGUAGUUUUAAGGACCUAAAAAAUCGAUAUUGCAGUAUUGCGUAUAUAUGAAUAUGUUAUUAUUAUGCAUUUAACGUAUUGAGUGAAAGUAGGACUGGCCGAUUCUCGGAUUUCCUGAGACAAAUUUGGUUUCUUUUCACGUAUAAAUUAUCUAUUUGUAUAUUAUUUUAUAUGCACGUAAAUGAUCGAUGUCUGUGUUAUGUAAAUAAAAAUAAUGAACAUUUAUGA